AUGAAGGCCUUAAUCAGGAGAGAAUUCCAGACCUCAGGGUUCAACGAACUCAAAGCUCGAACAAAGGAGAAACAGUGGACAGUGGCACUCUCCAACAUACCCGACUGGCCAAGAAUCGAAGCCGUUGCUGAGUUUAGACUACGUACCGGACACGAUUGCUUGGCAAAACACCUUCACAGAUUGGGAGUAUACACUCAACCCACAUGCCCUCUAUGUAACCUACAUGAGGAAAUGGAGAAGACCCAUCUGAUUCGGUGUCCAGCUCUAAAGACAAGGACGGAAAGCCAAAGAUACUGGGAAGCAAGAAGACUGCUAAUGAACUGGUAUUAA